AUGUGGCUCCUAAUUAUUUCAGCGCCAGCCUUGAUCUACGCAAGAGGAGUGGCCGCACUAAGCUCCAGGGAGCAAGGGGGCCUAAAGGUACUUGCAGCAUUGGCCAUUGGUAAUAGGCAGCGAGCAGAAAUGGCUUGCAUCUCGUGCUGUUUCCUGCUCGACUACAUUUUUAAUAGAGACAGACGUCAGCUGGACACGUCGAAUACGGCUGAAGACCAUACCACCUGCCCCCUGUUGGAGAUCCAAGGAGCAAAGGUGACUGUUGAAAAAAUGAUCCAGUUCACCCUCUACCCAACACCUACAUCCUCCUUG